AUUGCCAAAUGGCCCCCCUACUAUAAACCCCUUUUCCUUCCCCUCACGGCUUUCAGGCGGCCCCCUCUUCACUUUUUUUCCAUUUAUACUCUCUCUCUCUCUCUCUCAGACACUAAACCAAAGCUCGUUUAAGUUCAGAACAAAGCGUAAACCUUUUCAGAUUCGUACAGAGAGAUGGAGAAUGAGAAAGUUGAACUUAAACAGCCUCCUGGGUAUGUUCAGUAUAACCUUCUGGGUAAUCUUUUUCAGGUUUCUUCCAAGUAUGUCCCUCCCAUCAGCCCUGUUGGCCGCGGCGCCUACGGUAUCGUUUGUUGCGCAACAAACUCUGAGACAAAAGAAGAGGUUGCAAUUAAGAAGAUUGGGAAUGCAUUUGACAAUAGGAUUGAUGCCAAGAGGACGCUUCGAGAGAUAAAACUCCUUUCCCAUAUGGAUCAUGACAAUAUUGUCAAAAUUAAGGACAUCAUAAGGCCACCAGAUAAGGAGAAUUUCAAUGAUGUUUACAUUGUGUAUGAAUUGAUGGAUACUGACCUAAAUCAGAUAAUAAGCUCCAGCCAGCCUUUGACAGAUGAUCACUGUCAGUACUUUCUGUAUCAAUUGCUGAGGGGAUUGAAGUACAUACACUCUGCACAUGUUUUGCACCGUGAUCUGAAACCAAGCAAUCUGCUUCUCAAUGCAAAUUGUGACCUUAAGAUUUGUGACUUUGGGCUUGCAAGAACUACAUCAGAGACAGAUUUCAUGACAGAAUAUGUUGUCACUCGUUGGUAUCGAGCCCCAGAAUUACUACUCAACUGUUCCGAAUACACUGCGGCAAUUGAUAUUUGGUCAGUGGGAUGCAUUUUCAUGGAGAUUCUGAUAAGGGAACCAUUGUUUCCUGGUAAAGACUAUGUACAGCAGCUGAGUCUCAUAACUGAGCUACUAGGAUCGCCAGAAGAUUCAGAUCUUGGCUUCCUAAGAAGUGAAAAUGCUAAGAAAUAUGUUAAGCAGCUCCCACAUGUCCCAAAGCAACCAUUCGCGCAGAAGUACCCAAAUGUCUCACCAUUGGCAAUUGAUCUUGCGGAAAAAAUGCUAGUGUUUGAUCCAAGCAAACGUAUCACUGUUGGGGAAGCAUUGAAUCAUCCAUAUUUAUCAAGUCUUCAUUCGAUCAACGAGGAGCCAAUUUGCCCAUCUCCUUUUGUCUUUGAUUUUGAGCAGGCAUCUUUGGAUGAAGAAGACAUAAAGGAGCUUGUAUGGAGGGAGUCUCUGAAUUUCAAUCCAGAUAAUAUGCAGGAAUAGAUUUUGUUGAAGUGGUUUUCCGUUGCUACUUUGACCAUAAUCAUCAGCAUCAUGCUUGUGCGAUUCCUUUAGUACAUGUAUCAUAUAUUCAUAUAUGAGGAGAUUCUGAUUACGCCAAUCAGGAAUGAGUAGGGAGAAGGGUUCUCCCUCAAGUUGAGACGAUGAAAGAGCAGUGCAGUUGAGCGAGAUUGGUAUUCUGCAGCUCUGCUUCUUUCAUUAUUGUCGAACAAUGAGAGUGUAAACAGUUAAGCGUUGGUGUCGUGCAUAUAUUGUAGAAGGCUUUGUUGUCGUUUGCUUUUUUGAAGUUAAAACAAAAAAAAAAAACAGAAUUAUAGUUUCUAUUAUGAGUAUCGUCAGAUUUAUGUAAUAUCAAAUUAAAUA